UGUGCAUACAUUUAGCUCUUUCCUGUUUCCGGAUUCCGAUUGCUGCAACGUGUUCGAAAUGCUGACCAAAUUACCUAUUACGAUCAUUGACCAAAUACUCGGUUACCUGCCAGAGGAAGACCAACUGCAAGUGGCCCAAGUCAAUCAGCAGCUUGGCCACGCAUUUGCCUAUCACGCUAGACAAAAAUAUAAAACAAUUUUUUUCUUCAAAAUGGGUGAAAGGGCAGAUGACGAAUUAAGAGUCAUUCUUUCACUAUGUGGAUCCACUGUUGAAAAAAUUGUAACCGAACAUGGGAACUUGUCGCCUCAAAUUAAGGAACUCAUCAAAAAGUACUGCAUUAAUCUCAAAAGUUUGGAUACAAUAUGGCAAUUCUAUCUAGAUUGCUGUUCUACCAUAGCAAAUGGGCGAAUGCACAAAUUUGAAGAAAAAAUGCUGAACCUUAAAUAGUUCGACAUGGACUCGGAAAUGCCAAUAUUCAAUAUUGAAUCCCACUUUAAUCUUUAAUCCCAUUAUAACAAAGUAUUGUCAACACACUGGAGAGUCGCAUAUUGCUUCCUAUACACACAGGAUAUAAUAACAUAGCGUAAUAUUGUAAGAUCUGAGACUAAUGUUGAAUAUUCCCCAAAGUUCGUGGCUAAUUAAUAUACGAAUUUCAAGCCACCGAAA